AUGACGAGCACCAUGACGAGCACCGUGACCGACAGCACCGUGAUCAACACCAUGACCAAAACCAUGCCAGCCGAUCUCCCUUCCCGCUACGAGAUCCGCAACCUCGGCCCGGAGCACAGCGACUGGGCCCUCGCCAUCCUCUGCCACACCAACAUCUUCUACGGGCCCCUGUGGAGCUCCAACUACAAGGGUACCGAAGCCGUCAGGCGCUGCCUCGCCCUCUACGAGCACGCGCGGUACCUCGUCGACCACCAGAUCGAGUCGGGCUUCUCCUUCGGCGUCUUCGACAAAGAGUACAAGCCCAAGCGGCCCGAGUCUUCAUCACCAUCAACCACCACCGCCGACGGCGGCGGCGGCGGCGGCGGCAAGCUGUACUGGGACAUCCACGCGGACCCGGCCACCCUGUCGGCCUCGGCGCUGCUCGACGCCAUGGACUUCCCGCUCGUCUCCAUCGCGCUGAGCUACGACAGCAUCCACCCGCUCGACCCGGCGCGCCUGGCGCCCCUCGCGCCCGUCCUGCCCGCGUACGGCGAGGGCUUCGCGCGGCUGAUCGCAAACGACGCGCGCGACCCCGCCAGCUGGCGGGCGACGGCGCCGCUGCAGGUGCUGUUCCGCAACGCGACGAGCACGCGCAGGGACUACGAGGGCCGCGGGCUGAUGAAGGGGCUGGCGCACUGGCUGAUGCGCUGGGCGGCGGCGAUGGGGUUCCGCGGCAUACAGAUCGAGGCGUUUAACGAUGCCGUCGCGAAGGUGUGGACGCAUCCGCCGCCGCCGUUCGGGGGGGAGGCGGUGUCGGAGGUGAGGACGGGGGAGGUGGUGGUGGAAGAGGGGGAUGGGUCGGUGAGGAGGCCGUUUGGGGAGUCGACGCAGACGCUGACGAGGUGUUAUGUCACGUUGAAGUGA